UGGCCAUUCGAGUAGAGCAGAAGGAAAAAGCCAAUAUCAUGUGACAAUCACAAGCAGUAGUUGCUUGUAGGUUAUAACUUUCUGAUUAUCAAAAAGUUCAAGUUUAGUCCAGGAACGAUAGCAAAAACAAGUCAGCUUUCGUCAAGAUACUGAUUCUCACUGAAAAGUCGUGAUCCAACAAAUAUGGCGAGUUCCUGGCUACUCCUCGCCUCUAUUGCGUUCGUUCAAUUGAUCGUCGUGCGAUCGGGAAAUGUUGUUCCUGUGCUACUUUGGUCUGGAGACGCAUCCCAUGACCUCAUUAAUCCUCUGCACAAAACUUCAAGGUCAGAAUUUGAGAAGGUUCUGAUUGAGCGAGUGGCUAAGACUCAACCACCUAUAAUGGUCUUCGUCAAAGAGAAUUUCUGUGUUGAGGAAAUUAAGUAUCACAAAGAGAGCUUGCAACAACUGAACAAGGCUGGAUCACUGACUUAUUUAGCAUCAGUGGAAUCGGCUAUAUCGACUUUUGAAAAUCUACCAAAUUACAACAUAACUGUGGAAGACGAUUUUGAAACAGUCGUCGAUGGUCAAUUGGUAGAAGUACCGAUCAACGAUAUCAAUGCCAUUCCCGACGUGUACAAUGUGAUUCGAGAAUCCAGUCCAAAUCUUGUGAUUGCUUUAACUGGAAAAUCCUGCAGCUAUUCAUCUUCGGAACGUAUCAAGAGAGCAGCAGAUGACCCAAAAGCAGAUUCGGAUUCGUGGAUCGUAGCCCCAGACGGAAAAAUUCUGCUGUAUGCCGAAAAGAAGCCUAUGUUGAAGAUUAACGGUACGGAAUAUGAGUUGAAGACGUUGCUAAGUUCGUCAAUAAAGAAACUUGAGAAGAACCGCACAGAAGUGCAGAUGAAUUUUGCGUCAGAUAAAUUGGGAACUGUGACUUUGGUAGCUGAUUUCAAUGUUUUGAACGGAUACGUUAAGUUAGUAGACAUUACUUAUGCCGUAGAAAACAAAUCAGAUAACCCAAUAGUCCUGAAGAGUAAAACUAACAUCGAAUUCCCAACUACUAAUUUCUCGUACCACUGCAGCAACAGUAUUCUAUUUUCUUACGUAUAUCCAGAUCCAGAUAAAAAAGUUUUGAAUAUGAUCGUGUUGAACCUCACUGAUAUACAAGUACAACUGAAUACAACUGUUUUUGGUGACGCUUACGAUUGCGUUGGUUUCACGACGGUGCCCAUUUGGAUGGGACUUUUUGUUACGUUUAUUUUAGGACUGAUUAUGAUAUGGGGUAUAUCGAUGAUUAUGGACAUUCGCACAAUGGAUCGCUUCGAUGACCCUAAAGGAAAAACUAUAACCGUUACUGCUCAGGAGUGAGAUGUUUAACAAUUUGAAAUGACGGUACUUUGUUUUGUUAACUGCGUUUCAAUUAGAAGCUUUUAACUGUCAUAAAAACGCAUAUAAUUUUUUUCUCUCUGAAAGAUCGCUCACUGACGUUCAGAUUCAAAAAUGUAAUACCCAAUAACUGUUGACGUAAGUAAUUUGUAUAUUAGCGUGUAUAGAUGUGUAUAUGAUUAUUACUGUAUUUUUUCGUUUGAUGCAACAUGAAAAUUCAUAUUAAAGUGUUGUUACAUCGGCAUUCUAUAAAAAAUGGUAUUCUGAUCUUCAAACAAGUAGAAAUGUACAUUGAACCUUUUGUACAUUCAUCGUUCCGAAUAUGAUGUGUAUGUAUGCAGUUGAUAGAUGUUUUUGUAAUGAUUUAAAAAUUAUUGUUUAUAUAACCUACUACUCAUUGUUGAAUAUAAUAGUUUACUUUGUUUUAUAAAUUCAUCGAUUUUGGGUUAGUUGGGUUCCAAAGGUGUGCCUAAUAAUAAUAAACGCAUUUUUCGCGAUUGCAAUGUACAGAAAAGUGUAUUUCCACUUAACCACUGCGCAAGUUUGCCAUACGUGUGUUUAACUGUGAAAUUAUCGCUAAGUUUGAAAUAGAUUUUUUUUUGGAAAAUAUAAUGUUAACGAUAAUGAGAAUGUGUAACAAAUUACUUGAAUAUGGUAGUAAAAACGAAUCGGACUGUUUUUCUGGGUGAAAAAUGUUUGUACUGAUUUUUAUUCAUAUAGAUUCGUUCAAAAUUCGCAUAAUUGAGAUUUGGAAAUAACCGCCAGUAUAGGAAUUCAUGUUCAAGCAUAAUCUUACCACAUUCCAAUAGUUGUAACAAUUUUGUCAUACGUGAAAUCAGUAUAAAUUUCUUUCAUCAAGAAAAAAAACGAGAUAAAUUGUACCAAAUAUUGUAGUAUCAAAUGGAUCACUUUACUCAAGAUAUAUCCUUAUUUAGUAUUGAUAAAUUAUUUGUGGUUAUUCAACAGUUAUGAAAAAUACUACUGUACAAUUAUUGUACAUGGUAUAAUGUUAUAUUUGUUCUCUACAUCGAGAUACAUCGUAUCGAUGAAAAAUAAAUGAUUUGAAGUAACCUACACAA